AUGGAGGGCCACUGCUCUGCCCCUCCUCUUGACGAAAGUCUUUAUGACUUGCGUCCCCAAGACGCUGCAUUUUUCAAGAAGCUAACUGGAAUCGAAGACGAUGCCGCCCUGAAGCAGCAUAUAUUGGAUAUUCAAGCGAAAGCAUACAAGGUUGCUCCUUAUGGAUGCAUUUAUCUUUUCCUUUUCACUAGGCAUCUCUCUAGACAUAGAUUGUCAGCGCUACCCGCUUAUCAGCAAGUCUUGCGCCUCGGACGCGAAUACAAGAACCCAAUUUUCCUUGACAUUGGCUGUUGCUUUGGCAAUGACAUUAGGGAAGCGGUUCUUGAUGGUUUUCCUGUAGCUCAGACCAUCGGAUGCGAUCUUCAACUCUGGAAUCUGGGGCAUGAACUCUUCAGGUCGUCUCCAGAUACCUUUCCAGCUCAUUUUGUGGGUGGUGACGCCUUCGACCCAGAAGUUCUCGCCGUGGCACCGCCUGCGUCCAUGCAGACAGUAGGAGUUCCAAGUCCAGACCUCAAUCACCUCGCUUCGUUGAAUCCGUUGCGCGGAUGUGUUUCCGUAAUUCACGUAACCUCAUUCUUCCACCUGUUCAAAGAAGAUAAGCAAUUGCACAUGGCCCGCGCUCUCGCUGGUUUACUCUCUGCUGAGCCAGGUUCCAUCAUUCUCGGAGCGCACACAGGUGCUCAGAAGAAGGGUGUCGUGAAUCAAGCAUAUAGGGGCAUCGAGAUUGAAAUGUUCGCCCACAGCGCCGAGAGCUGGACUGCCAUGUGGGAUGGUGAAGUAUUUGAGAAGGGGACGGUCAAGGUGGAUGCACAGCUCAGGGAGGUAUCAGAAGGUGUGGGCAAUGGACGUUAUCCGGUGUUGUACUGGUCUGUGACCAGACUGAGGUAG